AUGGAGAUGAAAGGCUUCCUGUGGGAGAGAGCCGUCCCCCGGAGCCAAACAACACUGGAGGCUGGCCGGCUGCCAUCUUGUCAGGGCCGUUCCUGGCAGCCGGGCCGGGUGACUGGCUCCCUCACGGGCCAACCCGCCUGGGGCAAAGAAAGUCAAGGCGCCCAGACCAGCCGUCACUCCUCGGUGAGCGCGGAGCUGCGGCCUGAGCGCUGUCCCGGCCUUCUCAGCCCCAGCCUGGGCCACUUUGGCGAGAGCAGCUGCUUGGCCCGUCCAAAGGGGACAGACUGA